UGCACAGCAGUAGCGAGGCAAAGAGGCAGAGAAGAGAGGAAGAGAGGGAGAGGGGUAGAGGACAAAGCGAUAGGGAGAGGAGGGAGCCAUGAGUGGCACCACGUACACGUUGGUUUCCCUGCCCAACGAGCAGCAGCCUCCUGACCAGGUGUUCGGGAAGCUCACGGGUUCCGCCGUCAAGGCUUAUGCCGACAUCUUCAAGGUCGAGGUGCCUGCGCUUCAGGUCGGCACCCUGGAUUCUUUGAUGCACCUGUCGGACGACCUGGUGCGCAUCGACAUGCUCGUGGAGAACAUGGUCCGCAAGAUAGAGAAGCAGUACAUAGAGGUGGCCGGUGAGGCGUCGGAGACACUCAAGGUGGCCGGAGUGUCGCCGGGGCAGUACGUGCGGAUGUUCGAGUGGGACUACUCCAAGUUCGCCGUGCGUCAGAGGCUGCCCGCCCUCGUGGCGCUCAUCCAAGGGUCCGUGGGCAAGAUCGAGGAGGAGCACCGGAACCUGUCCAUGGUCUUCGCCGAAAAGAACCAGGCCAUGCAGGCGCUCAAGCGCAAGAAGGGCAACAACCUUGCCACGGUGGAGCUAUCGGAGGUGCUGUCGAGCGAGCAGCUGCGGGGGGUGAUGAUGGUGGACACGGAGAACCUGGUGACGCUCGCCGUGGCCAUGGGCAAGACCCAGGAGAAGGACUGGCUCGAGGGGUACGAGUCCAUCGGAAGCGAAAUUGCCUCUCUGGGCAGCCCGGACUGGUCCAACCCUAGCGUAGCUAACAGCCUCGGCACCCAAGACGGGCAGUUCGGCCCCGGGUUCUCCAGCAGGGGCGUCGUGAAAGGGUCUCCGGUUGUGCCCGGCUCCACCCAGAAGGUGUUGGAGGAGGGGGAGCAGGUCCUCUACACCGUUACCGUGCUCAGAGGGCAAUACCAGGCGGGGUUCCACGACGGGGAGCAGUUCCAGGCGGGCAUGUCGACGGACUACGUGGCGGAGUUCAAGCGGAAGUGUAAGGAGAAGCGAUUCACGGCUCGCGAUUUCGUCUUUAACCCGGAGAGGUCUGGGGAAAACCAGCGCAUGGAGGAGCAGCUUAAGACGGAGGUACAGCAGUUGCACGCAGGCAUGAUCCGGUGGUGCCGCGCCCACUUCGGGGAGGCGUUCUCGGCAUGGAUGCACGUCAAGCUCGUCAAGUCGUACGUAGAGAGCGUCAUGCGCUACGGGCUCCCGGUAGACUUCUCGGCCUUCGUACUCGCUACAAAGAAGGGACAGGAAGCCAAGGUGAAGGACGCGCUCAGCUCGCUCUACUCCCAUGUCUCCCAGCUCAGCUCCGGGCCCAUCACGGCCGGGGGCGGAGAGGACGACGGGGACAAGGACGAUGAAGACACCCCGUACGUAUCCGAUAAGUUCUCGAUCGUGGCGACCAAGUAGAAGAGUGGUAAGCAACAAGCAACUUAGGCGCCGGGGAGCAGUUGGGACGGCUGCUGUUCCCGCUGCUGCUUGCUGCUGCUUGCUGCUUGCUGUUGCUAGCUGGUGCUAGCUGCUUCUAGCUGCUGCUGCUCCCGUUGUUGCAGUGCCGUGCAGCAGCGUCGGUGCUGCAAGGUGUGCCGCGUUUUGCGGUACACGACAACAACAGGCUAACUCACGUUUGGCGUGCUGUGCUUUGCGGUACUGAGCAUGUGAUACCACCACCGUGAUUUGUCCCUGUUGCACGCCAUAGCGCGUGCAGUUCUGUCGGUGAUGUAGACGAUCCGCGGUAUAGGCACCGUGCGUAGGAUCGCCCGCUUGUUUGUGACUGCUAGGUUGAGAUAGCCGCGAGCCUUUUUCGGCGGGGGCGAGACGAGUGGUGUCGUGCUGGGUCGGGGGCUCCCUUGUACAAGUUUUGGGAUUUGAUGUGUGAUUUGGAGUUUAUUUUUCCUUUGGCUGGCCAGGAAAGCAGAAGGGGCGUAGAGGUAGUAUGCGCCCCACCUUACGAAGGCGACGGUAUUGUUGGAAGAGUGCUGCGUAGGUGUACUCGGUUGAGCAUAAAAGAGUCUUGCUUGCCGUAGACAAAACAGGGUGGGGAUUAUGAGGAGGGUGAGUAUGUUUUUGCCUCCCUUGUGACGAUUCGGUUUGGGUCGAGCGAAGGUGCUGCGUGGGCGAGGUGGAAACGAUUCUUGUGGUCGAUGGCCGAUUUGUCAGGCCAUUCAUACCGUUGACCACCCGUUCACGUUUCAUCUGGGACAGCUAUUUGUCAUUUCCCCCAACCCUGGUGAUCUUGACGAUGCGUUUUGAGGUACUGCUGCAUCUCGAGGAUAUGGGAGGCAGUCGCUGGGCGCGGAUGGACUGGGGUCGAGGCUGUUUCCUCCGUCUUGGUCGAAACUUGCAGAGCUGGGUGUGUGGGAUAGGAUCUAGCCGUAGGUUUGCUUCACGCGUGCGACUUUUUUCGUCUAUGUAUUUUUUUUUGUGUGUCAUGUCAACCACAGCCUCGUUGGUUCAGACGAAAUUAUUGAGGAGAGUCGGCUCCUCGGGCAUAUCCCGUACUUACAGUUUGUAGACGUGUCAUUUCGAGACGACUAAGAGAACCGGUCUAUGUAUUGUUCAGCAGCUGUGUUCCUCCUGCCACCGAGCAUCGCAUUGAAGGACCAAGCUACAGCAUUAGCUGCCAAUGAUGUGGCUACUUCGUGUUCUCAGUCAGUUCCAUGUACUUCAGCGGGAUCCUACGAAGUUCGGCUUAUCGAACAUCCUUCGAACCAGGACUGCGGCAAAGGCUGUUAUAACAUU